AUGUCUCAACCCCCGAAUGAGACAGGGAGAACCAGUCCCAUUUUCCUGCCGGCAAAGUUUCUCCAGCAAGUCAGUCGCCGCAAGCCGCAGCGUUUCUAUGGCAUCGUCGCCAUCGCCCUGGUCCUGCUCGCCGCUGCGACCUUUAUUUACGGCGGAUUUGCUCCGGGGAUAGACCUGACCUCGUACGUCCCACGGCCCAAGGACGCGGGUACACCAACAGCCCACAACGGGAACAACGGGAAUGCCGACCCCGGCCAUGCGACCGAGAACGAGGAUGGCAAGCCUCCAGUGAUCCAGACGCCGGGAGACGAAGCGGCCAACGACAAGCACGAGAAGCCUGACGAUGGCGCAUCGAAGCCGGGUGAGAAGAUCGACAACAACAAUGCUGCCACCGACCACUCGAACCAAACCCCCGCCGUGCACGUCAAGCCCGGCAUCCCGCAAAAGAUCUGGCAGAUCCUGCUGCCCAAGAGCUCCAGCUCCAAGCAGUCCAAGGAACACUUCCGCGCCGACCCAGAGAUCCUGUCCGAGACGCCCACCUGGCUGGCCAUGAACCCGGACUAUCACUACACCCUGAUCGGCCAAAAAACCGGCGACGCCUUCGUCCGCGACAACUUCGGAUCCGACGAGCGCAUCGUCAAAGCCUACACGCACAUGCCCAACGUCGGCAUGAAAUCCGACCUUCUCCGCUACCUCCUCCUCUCGGCCGAAGGCGGCGUCUACACCGACACCGACACCGUCGCGCUCCAGCCCAUCGACGACUGGGUCCCCAAAGACCUCCGCGACAAGGUCGCCGUGAUCGUGGGCAUCGAGUUCGACCGCCAAGACGGUCCCGCCUGGGCCGACAUCAGCCACUUCGUCCAGUUCUGCCAGUGGACCAUCGCCGCGGCGCCGGGGCAUCCGUUGUUCACCAACAUGGUGACGCGGGUGUUGGAGUCGCUGGAUAAGUUGGUAGAGGAGCACGGCGUGCCGUUUACCGAGUUGAAGAAAUUGAGCAGUUUUGAGGUGAUGAACUCUACGGGUCCGGCCGCGUGGACGGACGUGGUCUUUGCGCAGCUACAGGAAUACGACAACACCCUGACUCACUACGAAAACCUCUCGUAUAUGGCUGAGCCGACGCUGUACGGCAAUAUUCUGGUCCUGCCGAUCGAUGGGUUCGGCAUGGGACAGCCGCACUCGGGUAGUACCAAGGACGGCACGAUACCACCGGAUGCGCUGGUUAGGCAUUUGUUCAAUGGCGCCUGGAGGGGGGAUAAGAAGAAGCGGGCUCCCGUGGUGGUGGAGCCGGAGGAGGAGAACGAGGACGCCGAGGAGUGA